UUGAAUGCAAUUGACGAGAAUGACUAAACGCUUACGAAUAUGUGGAUUCUUUGGAUCAUGGAUAUUCCUCGCAUUAUGUGCUGUUGUCUUAAACAUUUUAAAUAUCGACUGGAUUGAGACGUCUAUGUCAAGAGGAAUCGUCAUAAUAUUGGUGGUAGGUGUACUGCAAGGUUCCGUGAUGGAGUUCCCGAUGUUGACGCUAGCCACGCUUUUUCUUGGAGGCGACAGACGAGAGAAUAAUCGCGCCUCAGCCGAUCAUCUAUCAUUAGUCCUCAACUACAACCUCCUCGCCGUCAGCAGAGACGACAUCGACGAAUGUCUACAGGCCAUGUACGACACCUAUAUGGGGAACCUCUCUCAGAAUGUAUGUGCUGUGUUAGUUAGCGCUACCAAUUCAGAGGAACUUAAGAAUUAUGAGCUGGAGGUGAGAGAUAACUUUAGGGCUCUGGUGCACAGUAAACUUUUCUGGGAAGGUAUACAUUAUGCCAGCGGUAAUAGAGACCUGGUAGAUUCUCAACGCUUACAUCAUAUCUGGUCGAAAUAUGACGGUAUGGACACUGGUAACUUUAAACGAACCUGUCUGGAGGAAAUAUGUCAUCGCAUUGCACACAAUUUUAUGGUGAUACAUAGGGUAAGCAGAGUUCUGAAAAAAUGUGGUCAAUAUCAGGAUUUAAUGCUUCUGUCAGGUGGUGACAAUGAAGCAUAUACGUACACCGAUACAGAGUUUUAUGGCACAUGCGCCAGACCCUAUGGGGAACCUUUAUUUCAUGACUCUGAGGAUACAAAGAAUAUAUACGACCGUCAUUUUGAUUACACGUUCGUUUUGGACAGUGAUACCAUGGUAGUGCCUGGAUUUGCUAUGAAACUGUUGGGAAUUGCGGCAGCGCAUCCUGAACGCGGGAUCAUCCAGCCAGCAAUAAAACUUCAUUGUUCAAUCACAGACACGUUGUUUAUGCAUCUUGAACAGACAAGACAAGAUAUAUAUGAACCAUUAACAAACGCUAUCACAGAUCUGUUGGGACAGUCGUCCUAUUUCGGUAAAGCUUUGAUCAGGAACUCCGUUUAUAUUGAGAACGUCAUAGGAACCAGAGACAAUCUCAUAGAGCGGGUCCCCGUCGAUGUUCUCAGCCACGACACAUUUGAAGCUGCUCUUCUCAAACCACUCUAUGUAGGGUCCGUUUACCUCCUGGAGGCGCCCUCCUACAACUACGUGGCCUGGAAUAUUCGGGAAAGACGCUGGAACAGAGGUGAGGUUCUGUUGUCCAUGUACUUUUGGAAGAACGCCAUCGGUAUACCAAUGCGAUGGCUCCAGAAGAAGCUUCAAGGAGAGAAGUUCAAUGCCACCAAACUGAGAACCGAGUCAAAGCUGGACUUUGUCACGUCGUACAUUGCUCACUCCGCCCUGCGUCAGAUGUUCAUGAAGCCGCUCCUGCUGGCAUACAUCAUCAUCCACUACCACACACAUCUCCGUUAUAGGUACGCCUCCAUCAUCAUCGUCAUGUUCCUCGUCCUCGUCUUCCCAAAGUUUGCCACCUGCACCCGAGAAAACUACAAGUAUGUGUUCCUCGAGACUGUCGCCUCCAUCCUCCAGUUCACACCUGAGGCAAUGGUGGGAUGCGUACGAAUCGUACGGGCCAUUCAGGCCAAUAUUACCAACAACGUACAUUGGAUACCUCAAAGAGCCGUAGAAGAAGAAUUUAAGUCCUCCAAUCCGUUUUUGUCAGCUUGGAAGCACUUAUGGGGAUAUUCAUUGGUGUCUUUGAUACUCGUCGGUUUAGUUGUAGUUUAUUUUACAGAUGGGAUGUUUAUGUUAUUUAUGCUUGGGUCGUUGUUUGUCCUGCCAUUUUACACGGGUGUUACGUGUCUAACUCCAAACAUGACAUCGACAAGACGUUCAAUCAUUUCUGAAGAUGAAGAAUCACUCAUAGGAACUGGCAAACCCCCUCCUGCAACCCAAGAGCAAGAAAAACCGCCAACUAAAAGGAAAAGUAUAUUUAAGUGUUUCCACAUGUUUGGUGUGUGUUUCCUCUUGGAUGACCAGUAUUUUUUAAGCCGACUAUGA